UCAGACAGGAGAUCUCCUCCACCAGCUGCGCACAAUGAUCCAAGUCCUCCGGCUUCCACUCUGCUGCUGCUCCUUUUGGUCGACUCCAAAGUGUCACGGAUUAAAAAAAACUCGCUAGUUCCCGAGGGAAGGGCCGAGAAGACGACUGAUCCCUUUUUUUGCAGCGAGUGUAAGCGGUUCAACUCCCAUCGCAGGUUUUCCCCUCCGUGUUCAGCCACUAGCUCACCUGCACACCUUAAACCAUGCGCCCCCGGGCUGCGCUUCCCCGGUUUACCUCCCUCCUAUUUCUACUCUGCCUUGCCCCCUUUUCCUCGCCCUCCUCUCACCCCCAGUGGACUCUACAGCGCGUCCCUGUGAUCCUCCCACAGCACACAGAGGAUCGGCCUGAACCUCACUUUCUGUAUCCAGCCCGUCUGGAUGUCACCUCUGCCUGUGACCCAGAAUGCCACAAGAGAGCCCCUCGCCCAAGCUACUGGGAUCUGCGGCAUCUUCUGUCCUAUGAGACUCUUCACUCUGAUGGUCGACUCACCGAGACGGCCAUUGGGAUCUAUGGCUACAAUCCCAGUUCUAACACCAGUCCGGCCUACUCCUCAGAUUUGUCUGCGAAGGCUGAGAGGUCACACGUUAGGAGAAAGCGACAGAUCUUUGGCCAUGAUGGGCGUUUUAGCAUUGCUGGGCAGAACUUCCUCCUUAAAUAUCCAUUCUCAGUGGCUGUCAAACUAUCCACUGGGUGUUCUGGUACACUGGUGGGGGAUCGCCAUGUUCUCACAGCUGCUCACUGUGUUCAUGAUGGUAAAAACUAUGUGAAAGGAGCCCAGAAGCUCCGGGUUGGCUUUUUAAAACCAAAGCAACGAGACACACAACCUUCUUCCUUUUACCUUCCAUCCAACUUCACCAACCAUAUUGAAGGCAGCCAUGUUUCUUAUGCCCCAGCAACUAAUGACAAAAUGAAGUUUCAGUGGAUCAGAGCCAAACGUACCCAUGUUCCCAAAGGAUGGAUUAAAGGAAAUGCCAAUGACAUUGGGAUGGACUAUGACUACGCUUUGCUUGAACUCAAGAAACCCCACAAGCGCCGCCACAUGAAGCUAGGAGUCAGCCCCACAGCUCAGAGGCUGCCUGGUCGAAGGGUCCAUUUCUCAGGAUUCGAUAACGAUCGUCCAGGCCAGCUGGUGUAUCGGUUCUGUCCUGCCGGUGAAGAAACGUCAGACCUGCUGUACCAGCACUGUGAUGCUCAACCUGGGGCCAGCGGCUCAGGAGUCUAUGCCCGGAUGUGGGAUGGGAGGCACCAGCGUUGGGAGCGAAAGGUGAUAGGGGUGUUUUCUGGGCAUCAGUGGGUAGAGCGACAAGGGGCGUCUCAGGAAUUUAAUGUAGCAGUGAGAAUCACACCCCUCAAAUAUGCUCAGAUCUGCUACUGGAUAAAAGGAAACUUCUUGGACUGUCGAGAGGGGUGAGGAAAUCGAGGAUGACAAAGGUGUAGCUACAAAUCCAUAGGUCCACUACAUCCACAAGAAUCCACACUUUUCACCACAACUACUUGUGGCACUGACAUAACAUAAAAAUAAAUGUCUCGUUGCCCCUCUUCUCAGACACCAAUAUCAGUAAACACAGACCUGACAGACAUACAUUCAGCAAUGACAAAACACUGUCAACAGGGUGCGUUCAGUUUCACUUAUGCUUAUUUGCAACUUCACUUACAUUUCUCAAAUAUGAAAAUAUUAGUGUUAACUAGCCAAACACUUCAGAUGUGGUUUGCAGAACAUAACCAAUUUCUUCUAGGAACAUUUAUCUAGGUAACAAAAUUAUCUGCAAGCCCCUCAGAUCCGGAAUAUGGACUGAAGCCCCAAGGAGAGGGGACUGGAAAAGAGUUUCACUAUGCAUUAAAGCCUUUUUUGAGCUUAUACUAAAGAUUGCACUGUUAAAACGUUCUACUGAAUUUUUUUUUUUUUAUGAAUGUACAAGUCAACUACCAAAGGUGCCAACUGUUCUCUCCAAACAAUCAUGUAUUGCUACUAGCUACAUAACCUGACAUAAUUCUAGACACACUUUCCCAUUCAAAUCCAUGAGAAAGUGUCCAAACUUUGGAGUGAUAGUGCAUCUACAAACAUAGUUUACUGUGUCAGCUAAACUGACAGACAAAAAAGAUCUGGAAGAACAUUGAACUUGUCACAAAGACUUAUGUUAAACAACUGCAGACGACUCUUGCCAAGACUGCAGAUUAGUUAUGAGGCACAUACUGUACUUCAGUGCUCCCUCAUGUGGCAAAAAUACAACACUGCAAGUAAUGAAUAUUAUGCCAACGUAGCUUAGGCCUUCAUAAGCACUUUUUACUUUCUCUUCACUUUUGUGACAUUGCAUUAUUUGUGUGAAACUGAAGACUAUAGCAAAUUUAAUUAAAUAUAUGCUUUGAAACAAGUAACUGUCACAAACUGUGUUUCUUCCAAGUCUGCUCAUACAACACGUUACAGAAAUACACACAACCCUGGUUUAAACACCGUGUUUUAUUUCACGACAAAAAUCAUUUUCAGAAAUGCUGUGGCGAAACUGAACACUGUAAAAGGCUGAAAUGCGAAGAUCAGCUCCCAUGACAUCUCCAGCAGCGACACAUUCAACAUCCAACCAGGAUUCUGAAAAUGCAUCCUGAGACACGAUGUGUGAGAAACUGUGACUCAAUUUGUUACUCUUAUAGUAAAUGGGACACAGAUCGAUAUAGCCCACAGCAAUAUUAUUUUGAUCCUUUAUCCAAAUUUCAUGUAGGCUUGAAGACAAGUACAUUUGAGGGUAACAUGGUCAAGAGGUGAUCUUAAAAUCUUUUAAUUCCUCAAUUCUUUAUUUCUUUAUGCUUUUAUGGGUUACCUCCACACAAAGACAACAUGUCUGUUGGGCAAAGACUUAAUAUUUAAGUAAGAAUUGACAUUUACACCAAACCUUAAAAUGUUUCCUUUCUGUCUUAUUGAGAUGCAGGCAAGUUAAAGAUGACGUACAGUUGAAGUCACAAGUCUACACACCUAAGGUGAAUACAUUAAAACUCAGUUUAUCACAACUCCUGACAUUUAAUCCUGUCAACAUUCCCUGUCUUAAAUCAGUUGGGGUCACUACUUUAUUUUAAGAAUGUGACAUGUCAGAAUAAUAGUAGAGAAAAAGAUUUAUUUCAGCUUUUAUUUCUUUAACCACAUUCCCAGUGUAAGUUGGGUCAAAUGUUUCAGGAUGCCUUCCACAAGCUUUAUACAAUAAGUUAUUGGUAUUUCCACCCAUUCCUCCAGACAGAACUGGUGGAACUGAAUCAGUUUUGGAGGCCUUCUUGCUCACACACGCUUUUUCAGUUCUGCCGACAAAUUUUCUGUUGGACUGAGGUUAGGGCUUUGUGAUGGCCACUCUAAUAUCUUGACUUUGUUGUCCCUAAGCCAUUUUGCCACAACUUUGGAA